AUGCAAGUUCAAUCUAAUGAAAAUAAAUUAAUGAUAUUUUAGAUUCUUUUGGAAAAUGAAGAUUAACAUUACUUAGGUAUAUAAGGGGAGGAUUGCAAAAUUGUACGACCAUUAACGGAUAAUUAAUUAAUAGAAAAGCAAUGA